GCAGCAGCGGCGAGUUGGCGGGUCCAGGGCCCCUUCUGGAGCUGGUAACCAGUUCUCUGUGCUCUUUCCGUCUCCGCGCUGACGGGCCCUGCGCUGCUGGGUGGUGUGGCGCAGCCUCGCGCUAGGGCGCGGACGCAGGAAGAGAUGUCUUCUGUAAAAAGAAGUCUGAAUCAAGAAAUAAUAUCCCAGUUUCACUAUUCAGCUGCAGAAGGAGAUAUUGCCAAGUUAACAGCAAUACUCAGUCAUUCUCCAUCUCUUCUCAAUGAAACUUCUGAAAAUGGCUGGACUGCUUUAAUGUAUGCUGCAAGGAAUGGGCACCCAGAUGUUGUCCAAUUUCUACUUGAGAAAGGGUGCGACAGAUCCAUUGUCAACAAAUCAAGGCAGACUGCACUGGAUAUAGCUAAAUUUUGGGGUUAUAAGCAUAUAGCUAACUUAUUAGCUAAUGCUAAAGGUGGGAAGAAGCCUUGGUUCCUAACCAAUGAGGUGGAAGAAUGUGAAAAUUAUUUUAGCAAGACACUACUGGACCGGAAAAGUGAAAAAAGAAAUAAUUCUGACUGGCUGUUAGCAAAAGAAAGCCAUCCAGCCACAGUUUAUAUCCUUUUCUCAGAUUUAAAUCCCUUGGUUACUCUAGGUGGCAAUAAAGAAAGUUUUCAACAGCCAGAAGUCAGGCUUUGUCAGCUGAACUACACAGAUAUAAAGGAUUAUUUGGCUCAGCCUGAGAAGAUCACCUUGAUUUUCCUUGGAGUAGAACUUGAAAUGAAAAAAGAGUUUUUUAAUUAUGCUGGGGAAUUCUCAAAAGAAGAAGAAGAUGGGUUGGUUGCCUGGUUUGCUUUAGGUAUAGAUACUGUUGCUGCUGAAGAAUUUAAGCAAAGGCAUGAAAAUUGUUAUUUUCUUCAUCCACCAAUGCCAGCUCUUUUGCAAUUGAAAGAAAAAGAAGCUGGAGUUGUAGCUCAAGCAAGAUCUGUUCUCGCCUGGCACAGCCGGUAUAAGUUCUGCCCAACCUGUGGAAAUGCAACUAAAAUUGAAGAAGGUGGCUAUAAAAGAGUAUGCUUAAAAGAAGACUGUCCUAGUCUCCAUGGUGUUCACAAUACAUCAUACCCAAGAGUUGAUCCAGUGGUAAUCAUGCAAGUUAUUCAUCCUGAUGGGACCAAAUGUCUUUUAGGCAGGCAGAAGAGAUUUCCUCCAGGCAUGUUUACUUGCCUCGCUGGAUUUAUUGAACCUGGGGAGACAAUAGAAGAUGCUGUCCGGAGAGAAGUAGAAGAGGAAAGUGGAGUCAAGGUGGGCCAUGUUCAGUAUGUCUCUUGUCAACCGUGGCCAAUGCCCUCCUCCUUAAUGAUUGGUUGCUUAGCUGUGGCAGUGUCUACAGAAAUUAAAGUUGACAAGAAUGAAAUAGAGGAUGCCCGCUGGUUCACUAGAGAACAGGUUGUGGAUGUUCUGACCAAAGGCAAGCAGCAGGCAUUCUUCGUCCCACCGAGCCGAGCUAUUGCACAUCAGUUAAUCAAACACUGGAUCGGAAUGAACCCCAAUCUCUAAAUCAAACAACUAAACUUUGACUAUGUCUAAUUGAUUUCUAAUCCUACUUAUUCCUCAAGUGAGAUUAGAAAUGUUAAAUGCUCUUUAGAAUGUCAGAUUUUGUUAAAUCUGAGUCAGCAUUCUCUGAACUUUUUUGAGGGGGUUGUGCUCAACAGUUUUUAUCUCACAAAACUGUAUCUCUAAUAAGAGAAAUCAUGUUAUAAAGAAGUAGAUUCUAAAAUGUAAAUAAACCUAAAUUUCAUUGCCUCUUAUAAGCAUUAACUAUUCACUAAAGUUCUUUUAUGAAAAAUGAGGCAAAAUAUUUUUAAUGAAUUUUAAGGUUAAUUUUUAAUGUUUUCAUUAUUAUGAAGGUCCUUUUGGUUGUCAUUGGCUCAUUUUUGCUCACUUUACCAUUGUGACCUACUUUUUUCUCCGGUUCUAUUGUUCUGUCAGUGACACUGUUACUGUGUUGCUACUAGUCUGUUUUGAUCAGUGUUAAGAAUUUCCUAUUUUAACAACUCUAUUAGUGAUCAGUAUACCACACCUUCAGGGAAGGAGAAUUUAAGAGAAUAUCAUUGUAUCUGGGAUCCCCUUCUUAAACAUAAAAUUAAUUAACAUAUCUAUUUGUUAACUAUACUCAAAGUUGUUUUUUAAGACAAAUUAGGAGUCUCUUUUUUUUCUCCCUAAAAUUAAAUGUAUUUGAAAGGAAUUCUUUCCAAAGUCAGAUAUUAAAUAAUAUCUCAGGUAGAUUUAUAUAUUAAAUAAAAUGGCUUAUGUCCUUUUGUGAUAAGGGAAUGUAUCUUCACUAGGAGAAAAUUAUAUAAUAAUUACUAAUAAUGUUUAUUAAACUCAAAUACAGCAUCUUGAUUUUAGCCUUAUUUCAACAUUCUAAGAAGCAUUUAUACAGUAACUAUAUAUACAGUAACUAUAUUUUAGAACUGAAUCAGUAAGAUUUUAAAGAAAGUAAAUUGUAGUAGUUCACAGUUUUGUAACAUAGAACUGUUAUAUUUCACAAGGCUAUUUUGAAAUUGUUUUAAAAGGUCUUUUAUAAAUGUAUAAAUUUAUAUAAUUUGACUCUUUUCUAUGGUAGAACUGAAAGAGAACUUAAAAACAAUAUAUGUAGUUCACUGCCCUUUUUUUAUAGAUAAGGAAAUCCUGAAAAGUGAACUUAAUUAAUUUAUCCAUUAAAGGUGAAUUGAUUAAUUAAUUGAUGACAGUUACACAACUACUAGUUAUAAUUGUUAAUACAAUUAAUUAUAAUCACAAUUAAGUAACUUAAUUAUUGAUACAACAGUCUGUACUGCACAAUGCAGGAUUCUCACUCUAAUAGGAAGUAAAAACUAUUACUGAAAGUAAAUAUGUAAUAAAAUAGAGGAUGAUAAGACUAAAUUUAAUUUACCAAAUACUGUUAAUUAAAAUUUUAGGCACUAAAGUUCAAUUAAAUAAGUUAACUUUUCUAAACAAAACUUCAUUUUACUAAUGAACAAUGAUUUUCUUAGUAAUUGAUGAAGAUAUUGAUAUUAGGACUUGAGACAAAAUUCAAACUUAUAUAAGACAUUUACAUACAUAAUAAGAUUUGAACUACAUAAGUAUAUAGAAAAUGACGUGCCUUGAUUGUUAUGAAAUAUAAUAACUCCAAGUUCUGUUUUAUCCCAAAUGUACUUUUAAUACUUAUAGACUCUAAGAUUACAUCAUAAAAUUCUAGAUUUUCAUAAUGUUAGGAUAGCCAAGUAAAAUAUAAAGUAUCAAUAAAAUAUAAGUUUAGUUUUUGAUAUUUAAUCCUAUACUCAGGGAGAAUCAAUAUCUAAGUAAAUUAUUGUUUUAAUAAUUAUUCUUAAAUUGCUAACCUCUGAGAGGUGGAUAGUUACACAUAAAUAGGACUAGCAAAGAAAUAUUAGAGACUCAAGUACCGUGAUUGUGUCCUAAUGAAAAGGAAGGUAACAAUACAUUAAAAUAUUUGUUUAUUUUCUGU